AGCAGAAAAAUUCGUGUAUUUAUGUUUUUUUGGUGAGCAGAUGUUGGUUUUACUCGGAAUGGAACAUCUCGUUCUACAACUGCAUAAUAUUUUCCUUAGAUAUCUAUUUUCAUUUCCUGAAAAUGCAGAAAGGUCGUCAUUAUGCCGGCAGUAAAAAGAAGAUAUGGCCUUCAAAUCCCAUUAUCUCUUUGGAGUAAGAAAAUGGGCUCUAUUGCACUUCCAAUCUGUAUAUGCAUUUGUAAGCAAAGCAAAAUAACUAUAUGUCUUAUAACAAAGGCAUUUAGUAAGGAAUUCAGAUAACAUGUGUCUUGUAUUCAAUGGAUGGAGAGGACAACUCGUCGGAAUCCUUGCUAAACAUUGAUAAAAAUGCUUGGGAAGAAACCACUGCAAAAGUGAUUCAAAGCAUUGAAGAGCGCUGUUUGAGAAAAGAAAAUGAAUAUGAAGGCUCUGCCACUCAAUUUGGAGCCCAGAGUGAAUUUACAAGACCAUGGACUGGUCAAAAACCUUCUAAGAAAUGCCACCUUAAAUCCGAUGCAGGAUGUAAAGUCAAAUAUGACAGUGAAGGUAACAAAACUGCUCCAAUAGAUAUAGGAAAACCUGGGUCUGUGACCGAGGAAGGUCAGACUGGUCCUUCAGAAACUUCAGUAGAAAAUCAUUUAGAAGACAUUAAGUACAUUGAUGACAGUGCCAAAAGCUCUUUAUCAACAAGCUUAACUGAAGCUCCUGCUCCAGCCCCAGCUCCAGUGCUACAACAGCCACCCAUUGCUUGUUGCCCUCAGUCCCCCCAGCAACAGCAGGCGCGAUCUUGUGCCUCUGUCCUUGAAGAGCGUUAUUGCCAAGCUUUUAUUAGCUCAAAAAAUGAGCAACUUGCAGAAAGCUGGAAUAGACAUUAUACAUCUCCUCGCCUUCCUCCAAAUCACCAUUUAUAUACUCCUAAAUACAGACAUGAAACGAGGCUUGUAGUUAGUCCUUUGCCAUCGGAGAAAUCAAAGCAAGAGAAAGAUGGUGGACAUUCUGAAGCUGAUUAUUAUUCUCGAAAUUCCAUUGGAGAUUCGGAACAUCAAAUUACUCAAAAUCUUUACAUAGAUAAAGAUUUUAGAUAUUAUUUCCAACAUCCAUAUUCUCGUCUGUUUGUUUCUUAUUUUGUGAUAUUUUGCAACUUCUUGGUGUUUGCUGAAGAUCCUGUUUCUCAUAGCCAUACUGAAAGUGAAAUUCCAUUUGUUGGUCAUGUGUUUUCAUUUGUUGCUACAAAAUAUCCUCCUCAGUGGAGUUGGUGCAUUUUAAAAGUCAUUCUUUGGGUUAUUGCAAUCAUAAGUGGUUGUUUUUUUGGCAAAUAUUUGAUCCAUCACUUAUUACUAAGUAGCUUUUUCCGUCUUAAAAUGUUCCGAGAUGAGCAGGGCACCUGGAUGAUUAUGUUUCUCACAUCAUUGAUGUUCAUCUUCAUGUUCUCUAAAGUCUAUAACUGGUUCCUGCAAUUUGGAUAUCCCCAGUAUGACUUAUUUCACAUUAAUUCUCAUAUGGGUAUCACCAAUGCAAAUUUUAUGAAAGCUGCGGCUUGUGGAACUUGGAUUGGUGAUUUUGUAACUGCCUGGAUGGUGACUGACAUGAUGCUCCAAGACAAUUUGUAUCCAAAUUGGGCGAGACCAUACAGAGAAUUUUGGCGUUCUCAUGGCCGUAUCCGAAUUGUGAUCUUUUGGUUGGGCUCUAUUACGAUGACUACUUUGGUUGUUACUCUUAUUGUCAGUGACUUGAUUAGUUGGGAUAAUUUGAAUCGAGAUUUUGUUGCUACAACUGAGCUUUCUAGAGCUUUUUUGGCAUCUUUUAUACUUGUUAUGGACUUGCUUAUAGUUAUGCAGGAUUGGGACUUUCCUCAUUUUGUUUGUGAUUUGGACAUAAAACUUCCAGGGAUGCAUGCUGCUUCAUUUAAAUUUGAUUUAUUCCAGAAAUACGUCAAUCUACCUGAUGUCAGUAUUCAUGUUACUGGUAAAUGGUUUAAUUAUAGCAUAAUUGUAUUUGUGAUGAUACUGGAUUUAAACAUGUGGAAAAAUCAAAUAUUUUACAUUCCUAAUGAAUAUGGACAGUAUACUGGACCAAAAAAUAAAGUUUUUUCAAUUCCAGAUACAGGCCUUGUAGUAGCAAAUAACAAAACUCUUUGGACUUAUGAAAUACGGAGCACUGUAAUUGAUCCCAAUACUAACAAAACACUGCUAGAAGGUGACAUUUCCAUGAAUUCUCGAUAUUUAGGUUAUCCUCUGUCUGUAAAGGGAAUGGCUUUCAUGCCUUCCCUAAUUGGUUUUGCAAUGUUUGGAAUUCUAACGUAUCUAUAUGGACGCUUCCCGCCACCUACAGAACGAUUGGUUUAUGGACGCCACAGGAAGCGGAAAAGAGAAGUGCCUCGUAGUAGUUGGAGACGUGAACGUGGAAAUCGUUGCACUCAUUACCUUAUUCAUAAUAAAGAAAAAUAUCCUGAAGAAAAAAAGAAAGGUAAUCAACUCACUGAGUUAAUUGUAGCAUGGGAAGAAAAUGUAGGCCCUACAAAGCAAUGUGAAAAGCCAUUAUGACAUACAUAGUUGAAUUGUUAUUACUUUUAGCUAGCUUAAUAGUAUGCUGCAGUAUUGUCUGAUCAUUGGAUUUCAAUCCUUGAUAGGCUGCUUGGGUAUCAACUAGAUGUCCCUAAAAUAAUCCACACAUUGUUUAUUUGACAACGAUAAGAAUUAAUUUACAUUAACCAAUUUAUUAUUAUUUUAAUUAGGAUGUUAGAAUACAAAAUAAAAUUCUUUAAAAAUACAAUAUUUUUAUAACUUAUGU